AUGUCGGGGAUCGACUUCAUGGGGCCAUUUGUCAGAUCGUAUGGUAACAAGUACAUAUUGGUAGCAGUUGACUACGUCUCUAAGUGGGUCGAAGCAGUGGUCUCCCGACCAAUGAUGCUAAAGAGAGCGUUCGCACGGCUGUUGGAAAAGUAUGGAGUUCGUCAUAAAGUGACCACCCCGUACCACCCACAGUCAAGCGGACAAGUUAAAGUGUCCAAUAGGGAGAUUAAAAGUGUCCUUACAAAAAAAGUGAAUGCAACAAGGACUGAUUGGGCAAAGAAGCUGGAUGAUGCAUUGUGGGCGUACCGCGCAGCCUUCAAAACCCCAAUUGGCACUAACAGAGUCACUGGGUUAUAUGAGCUAGAGGAAUUCAGGUUCCAGGCAUUCGAGAGUGCUAGAUUAUACAAAGAACGGAUGAAACUAAUGCAUGACAAGCACAUCGUGGAGCGAAACUUCAAAUCCGGAGAGCUAGAGUUGUUAUACAACUCCAGAUUGAGAUUGUUUUCGGGUAAGUUGAAGUCCCGAUGGUCAGGACCCUUCAGAGUGGUGCAAAUGUUCCCAAGUGGAGUUGUUGAGAUUGAAUCAGAAAAUGGGACGAAUAAAUUCACAGUGAAUGGGCAAAGGUUGAAACAUUACCUUGGAAUGGCAGAUGAGAAAGGGAAUAGAGAGAUAAUAACGUUGGAAGAGCCCCAAUGCGCGAAUGAGGAGUGA